AUGUCGGCAAUCGUGCAAGGCCCACCAAUGGGCACACCAUGGAAUCAAGGAAUCGGCUACCACCGGAUGACGUCAGUGGAAGAACUCGACAACUCGCUCACUCGAUUACGCCAUGCGCAUCAAGUAUCUCGAUCCGCUUCCACAAUGACCCCGCCUGGGUCUCCGUACACGGCACUUUCCCCUGAGCAGAGUGUUGCUGAGGCGGAUGACGGGGGAUUGGCCGCGUUGCCGGAAAGUCCCCGUUUCCCUGAAGAUCUCCAUCCAAAUACUCCAAUCACUCCUGAUCUCAAGAAACAAAUCUUUGUGCGGGUACCUGAAGUGCUUGUGAACUCUUCGACGGCUCAGCUCAAUGUGAUCGCCAUCGAUAACAAAAUUGAGCAAGCUAUGGAUCUCGUCAAAACCCAUCUCACAUUCGCCGUCCGAGAAGAGGUCGAAGUUCUACGGAGCACCAUCAUGGAAUUAGAGGCUAAGGUGCAACAACUCGAAGCGCAAAACGUUGUUUUGCGGCAAUUCGUCCCAGCCGAGAUCCAGAAAUCGUUCAGCGGCACGCCAAUAAAUGGACAAGAUCAGGACACUCACAUGAGC